CCUCUCCUCUCCCUCCCUCAUGGGUCUUUGCACAUAUUUGUGAUUCCUGGUUCAACCGCCUGAGUUGAAACUUCCACCUCUCCCACUACAAAUCCCUCUGUAUUGUGUUUAGCUACCAAAAGCCUGCCAAUUGUACAACGCGCCGACAACUGCGUUGAAGCAUUGAACCAUCAUCAACAUCAUCAUCAUUCUCUUCCUACUCCACAUCAUCAUUAGCGGAAGAAGACGAAGAAGAAGAAGAAACAGUACCUCUUCCAGAACUCUGGGACCCAAAGCUCAACCAACCAAUCUCGACGACUGACGACCCCCUUGCAAACUCUCUUUCUUCCCUCCCUGGCCACCACAAUCAGUCAGUCUCAAUCGCACGCAGCCUAGCUCGCUCCCACAAGAGAGUUGGUUAGUCUGGCGGACAUGAUGGACUCCUCUUCUGGCGGUUUACAUGUCGUACGACAGAGUGAAUUUCCGAAUAGAGCGGCUUUUUUCGAACCCAUCCCCAGCUCUAUGAACAAUUCUACAGACGAUGAGAUCCUACGACAGCUUCGCCAUGAGCAACUACAACACCAGCAACAAAACCAACGGACGCAUUUCCUGUUCCAGCAGCAGCAGCAACGCCUGCAGCAACCGGCGGCAUACGGGACAACCCCCUCCCAGUCGGCCUAUGUCGACCCUUCGACCCUGAACUCCGUCUUCGAAGCGGCUCCGUCGGCAUCGGCAGUGGGUCGACCGUCCUCGACACCGACGCAGAGCUCUUCAGGCUGUCAGGACUCCCCCAUGAGCAACGCCGCCGCCGACGACUCGCUGUCCUCGCCCGCUAGCUCCGUCAUCUCGCCGCCCAGCACGAGCUUCGUCCAGCCGGCGCCUCCGAUUGACCCUCGCGUUCUCGGCGGGUUGCCGAAGGAGACAAUCACCGUCCAACCAAAGGAGUCGACGGCCGUCGCCGAAGCACCGAAACGCCGCCGAGGCCGUCCCAGGCUCUCCGAGGGGGUCACCGCCCAGACUACCCGCGCGGCGUCACCAAAGACGAAAGCGACAGCGACAACGACGACGACGAACAUGGCAAAAUCACGCAAAAAGAACGCGCCUCGACGGACAUCGACCGCCUCGGUCGCGAGUGGCGCCGCCGGUGAGACGGCGGACGAACAGCUCGACGCCAGUGCCGGUGCCGGCGCCAACGACAAGAAGAACCGCAUCCGCGCGCGGAACCGCGAGGCGGCGUACAAGUGCCGCAAGAAGAAGCAAAAGGGCAUCGCCGAGCUGCAGACGCAGGAGGCCAUGAUCGAGAACGUCAACAGGACCCUCAACAGCGAGGCGGCCAUGCUGCGCAGCGAGAUCCUGAUGCUCAAGAACAUGGUGCUCCAGCACGGCAGCUGCGGGUGCUCCUUCAUCGAGGAGUACAUCUCGGGCGCCGCGCAGAACCUGGUGCAGUCGAGCAUGGCGGCGGCGUCUGGCGGCGGCGGCGGCGGUAAUAGUAAUGGUAAUGGUGGUGGCUUGCAGCAAAUACACGGCCAGAACUGCACGAACGGAGGAGACGACGGGGAAGGAUACAACGUCGACUGGAAGGGCUUCGACAUUGAUUCCAAGGCGGGUAUCCGUUCGCUGGGGUCGGAAAGCGGCUUCUCUGGCUUCGACGAUGCCGCCUCGCACAGCGCGAGGGCACAAUCCCAGGGGGCACCGGCUUAGAACAAAAAAGGGGGGGGAAGAUGUCAAUUUUGGUCCAUUGGAAAUGACUAGCAAGGGGGCGUGAUGAUUUCGUCCUAGAGUAGCCUUUUCUUCUUUGCCACGGGCUAUACGGCGUCUCGGAACAGGAUCAACGGACGGCGUCUUACAGGAACAGUCGUCAAAAGACAAAGAAAAUCAGUUGGCUGGUAGAGAUGUAUGGUUGGUUGGUUGGUUUUGAACGUGUGUAUGGUGUGUUUGGGCGUUAUGGGGGGGUUCGUCGUUUACACAGCAUAUCGCGAUUCUACGUCGGGAACAAAGCGAUAACGAGAUCAACGAUAUUGAACCGUGAUAUACUCCUGC